GGAGGGGAGGGGACCCGAGGGCGCGGGAACGCAGGAGGGGCGGCUGCGGAGUCCCCAGGACAAGCUGAGCGAGAGAGACAGCGAUGGUGUGACUAGUUUGUGAGCGACUAAGAGGCUUAAAACCAGAGAAAGGAACUGAGGGGACUGAGAUGGUGGCGGGGAGGUCGAGUGGGGAGGUGUUGGCGGGGACGGGACAGGGGUCGAGCUUUGCCACGGUGAGAAGGGUGGGACGUGGAGCAGAAAACAGCGGACUUGGGGGUCGCUCUGUGCCCUGCUUCCAGGUAGUUGCUCGAGCUUGUAAAAGUAGCUCUAGAAGUCGCUAACCUCGGCCCCCAGUCAGUAGGACCAGUCCCCAGGCCAGCCUAGCCCAGAAAAAGGAUGACCCCGGCAUCAGGAAGCUGAGCGCUGUCACCGAGAGAGGCCACCCGACCCUAGCACCCCACCUGGCGCUUCUUCGGGUGUUUCACUUUCGUCCCCGGGAAGUGGGUUGGGCUGGAAGGAAGGCACCCCAGCAAUGACCGGGUUCUUGAAGCUGGCUGGGGUAGAGGAUGCUUGGUGGUCGACUCUCCUCUCUCCCCACCUGUGCAAUUUCCAGUCCAGCGAUGGAAGAGACAGCCCGAGAGAAAGGAGACCACUUGGGCUUCAGUCAGCCUCGUUCCGCCAUCUGCUGGCAACAAGACAGAAAGACAGGAGCAGGUGCCCGAGAAAGGGGGUCCUUACAGGUGUAGUGUUUGGCCACCAGCUGGCCCUAUGCCAGAUCAGUUUGAGGGAGCCACCCAUUCCGCCUCGGUGCCCCGGAUCUUUCUCUACUACUUCUCCCUGGCCAGGGAUUGGUCCAGCCCCCUCCAGGCUGUGCGUGAGUCACUCCCCAGGCAGGAGAACUGGGAAGGGGUAUGCAGAGCCCACAGUCACAGGGGACAUACUCAGGCUGCAGAACCUCGCUGCCCGCACCCCAACCAGGCAGGCUUUUCCCAGGUGAGCAAACGGGGGCCUAAGAAAGUGUGAACUGUUGGAAGACACACGACUCUCAUCCUAUCUGUAUGUAAGGAAAGUGAGCAGAGGAGCAGGGAAUCCAUCACUUUCAAGUCUCCAUGGCAGAAAAGGGGACCAUCCUCAAUAUCACCAGGAACCUGAAAAAUGCUGUCUCUGCCAUCCUCCAGGGAUAUGGGGACAGGCAGGGGCCAUUGACAGACACCAGCGUUGAGCUUCACAGACUCUGUGGCUGCCUCGAGCUGCUGCUGCAGUUUGACCAGAAAGAGCAGAGGAGCUUCCUGGGGGCUCGGAAGGAUUACUGGGACUUCCUGUUCACUGCCCUGCGACAGCAGCGGCGAUACACUGAGCAGACCAGCUUCGUAUGCUCACAGGACAAGCUGAAGACCUCUCUGGGAAAAGGCCGUGCCUUUAUCCGGCUCUGCCUUGCCCAUGGACAGCUGGCUGAUUCGAUGCAGCUGUGCCUCCUGAACCCAGAACUCACCAGGGAAUGGUAUGGCCCCCAGAGCCCUCUGUUGUGCCCUGAACUCCAGGAAGACAUCUUGGACACUCUCUAUGCCCUCAAUGGAGUUGCCUUCAACCUGGACCUGCAGCGGCCAGACCUGGAUGAAGCCUGGCCCAUGUUCUCAGAGUCCAACUGCUCCAGUCCCAGCCAGACCCAGGAAAGAAGAGCCAGAAAGCCCAAGUGCUUCCCAAAGGAGGUGAGAUUCUCCAGAGGAGAACAGCUGCAGGCACUAGACACCAGAGGAACCAGCUGUCUGCAUGAUGCAAUGAGAGAGGUCUGCCCACCUGACCUCCCUACCCCCUUGCAGCAUGGCGAUCUUCCCACCUUUCUGGAAGAGAAGAAAGAGGAUCUCAGGAGCCUCCGUUGUUCCCAGAGCAUUUGGGAAGCAGAAAGGGAGGAAUUUCUGCUAGACCAGAAGGAGGGAGACCCAAAGACAGGGCAGUUCCUGCCACAUUCAACAGCCAGCAGCCAGCAACAGAGAGAUGGUGCUAAGGAGGCCCAGCAAGAGGUGACAAGAAUCAUAGAUGAAGGCAAAGGAAGUCUGCCAGGGACAGAAGGUCAGAGAACCACAAAAGGGAUCCAGGAAAAGGCAACAGAUUGGGACCAUGACCAAGGGCUGCUAGCCCUCAGCCUGCACGGAAGAGCAGAAGACACUAAGCUAGGAACCACGCAGGGGUGGGAUCAGCCUUGUGUUCUGGGGCAGACCUGGGUCCUGCAAUGUCUGGGAACAAAGAAAGGCUCCACCCCAGAGAAGCCACAAGAGUGGACCAGAGUCACCAGUGCGAGCAUGCAGGGGGAUCAAGCAGAAGUGCCCUUGCAGCAGGAGGUGAUCAAGGACCCCAAGUACAAGCUCCAGCUGGAAGAGGAACAGGUUCAAUGCCAGGAGCAGCUGCCGAGGGCACAGAAAGGAGAGCUGCAGGUGCUCCAGGAGCAGCUCAGCAGGUGUCAGACAGAAAGAGCCCAGUUGCAAGCGAUGCUGGAACACAGGCAGCAGGAGACUGAGAGGAGAAACGCCAUGUAUGAGAAGGAGCUCGAAGUGCAGAGGGACCUGAUCCAGGCCAUGAAAAGGAGGGUGCUGGAACUGAUUCAUGAGAAGGACCACCAAUGGCAGAGGCUCCAGAAGCUGUCUACUGUGGCCCCAGGACACUGCGUGGGCUGCAACAAGGUCUUCAGACGCCUGUCUCGACGUUACCCUUGCAGGAUUAAGUUUGCUUCAAAAAUGGGAGAAAUCAAGGUGAAUAAUUUCAGCCUCGAAGAUUUCUUCAGCGGAGAUUUUGACAGUUACAAUUAUAGCUCUGAUAUGCCCCCUAUUCUACUUGAUGCUGCCCCAUGCCACCCAGAGAGCCUAGAGAUCAACAGAUACGCUGUGGUUAUAAUAUACGUCCUGGUGACCCUGCUGAGCCUUCUGGGAAAUUCUCUGGUGAUGCUAGUCAUCUUAUACAACCGGAGAACCUGCUCUGUCACGGAUGUCUACCUGCUGAACCUAGCCAUCGCCGACCUUUUCUUUGCCCUGACCUUGCCUGUUUGGGCUGCGGCUAAGGUAACGGGAUGGAUUUUUGGCUCAUCCCUGUGCAAGAUAUUCUCAUUCCUGAAGGAAGUUACCUUCUACAGCAGCGUUCUGCUACUGGCCUGCAUCAGCAUGGACCGAUACCUGGCCAUCGUCCACGCCACAAGUACAAUAAUCCAGAAGAGACAUUUGGUCAAGUUUGUGUGCCUGACCAUGUGGAUACUGUCAGUAUUUGUGUCCCUGCCCUACUUAAUUCUACGUAAUCCUGUUAAGGCAAACUCUUAUAUCCUAGUCUGCUAUGAGGAUGCAGGUAACAACACAACCAGCGUGAGGGUGGUUUUGCGCUUCCUGCCUCAGACCGUCGGUUUCCUCCUGCCGCUGCUGAUCAUGCUGUUCUGCUACGGGUUCACACUGCGCACGCUCUUUAAGGCCCGCAUGGGGCAGAAGCACCACCGGGCCAUGCGAGUCAUCUUCGCGGUCGUGCUCGUCUUCCUGCUCUGCUGGCUGCCCUACAACCUGGUCCUUUUCACAGACACCCUCAUGAGAACCAAAAAGAUCACGGAGACCUGUGAGCGCCGAAAUGAGAUUGACAGGGCCUUGGAUGCUACCGAGAUUCUUGGCUUCCUCCACAGCUGCCUUAACCCCAUCAUUUAUGCCUUUAUUGGCCAGAAAUUUCGCCAUGGACUCCUCAAGAUCAUGGCUACUUAUGGCCUUGUCAGCAAGGAGUUCUUAGCCAAGGAAAGGCCUUCUUUUGUUGGUUCUUCUUCGGGGAACACCUCCACGACCCUCUAAGACUGUUCACCUCAACUAUGGCCCCUCAGGGUUCCUUCUUCUCCUUCAGCAUGACUCAUGCCCACGAACUGUGGUAAUUGAAUUGAUGCCUGCCCUCCCCCCCCCCACUACCACCACAGUUACAGGGAGACAGAGGCCACAUUCUUACCAGAGCCCCGACUGCAGAUUUUAGAACCUUUUCUCUGGCUGUUCAUUCUCUUCCACAUUGGUAUGCCUACUGACAGAGUUGGUCCAUCCUAACACCAGACCCCAAACACUCUUUUCUAAGAAGCACAAAUUAAAAUUACAGUGAGAUACUGCCUCCUAACAAGUCAGCAAAAGGAAGGGGUGGAGGAGAGAAAAUAGCAAGUGUCAUCGAGGAAGUAGAGAAAGGGAACUUUUCACCUUACUGGUAGACGUGUACCAUAGCAGCCCAUGCACAGAGAGACAUAGCAUAGCAGUUUUCCUUAAAGCAUUGAAUAUAGAAUUACCACACAAUCCAGCAAGUGCAUCUUUAAGUGAGGGUGCCAAAAAGAACUGAAAGCAAGAGCUCAGACAUUUGCCUGCCAAGGCUCACAGCAGCAUUACCCAGAAGAGACAAAGGUCAGAGCAGCUAAAGUGAUGACCAGCAAAUGAAUGGAUAAUUUAAACAUGGUGCAUGCACAGAAAGGAAGACCAUCCAAGGAGAAGGACAAACAGACUAAUCCAUGUCGCCACAUGAGUGGGCCUUGAAGCCAUGCUUUCAAGUGGAAUAAAGCAAGACCACAAAGGACAAACCCUGUAUGGUUACACUUAGGAAGCACCAAGAAAAAUCUAAUAGUGACGCCUGGAAGCUGGAUGAGGAAGGGCAGAGAGUCAGUGUUUAAUGACACAGUCCAGUUUGGGAUGAUGGAAGAGUCCUGAGGGUGGACCCUGAACGCUGUGCAAUAGUGUGAAAGUGCUCAUUGCCAUUUGCAUUAAAGGCUGUUGAAAUGAGGGCUAGGGUUGUCCACUGGCAGGGCGCUUAGUUACUAUUUCUGAGGACUCGGGCUAAAACCCUAGCACCUCCACAAACAAAAUAAAACAAAAAGAAAGCUAAAAUGGUAAUUUUUGCUAUGUAUGUUUUACCUCAGUUUAUGAAAAAAAAAUCUAAGUCCAAAAACAGUACUUUAACCACUGAACCAUUGCGGAAUUGUCUACCUUUUAAUUUCUUAUAAAGUAUGAUCAUUAAAUGUAUUUUUAAAAAAUAUAUAAA